AUGGCUUUUACCGUAAAUUAUUUGAACAAGAACAAGGUUUGUGGAAAUUCGUGGAUAGUGAACACCGCCUGCUGCAGAAGUGUUAGUCUUAAGUACAACUUAUCAAACGUACUGCCCUACAUCAACGGGAAUGUUGGCAAGCAUAUAACAUCGCAGUUUCUGUAUGCAGACCUGCAUACGAACAAUGCGUUCAACACAGCACGUAAGUUACUUAUAACAAGAAAUAAACUAACAACACCUAAAUUAUUUCUUUUUACGACGCUCCAUUGCGAACAACGCAUUUGUUACCAUUCCGUACGAAUUUGCAUUUUACCGCAAAAGCGCAGUUGUAAGGAUGCUCGUCCAGUUUUUUAUUUCCCUCUCUACAUAGCGGCACGUCUGUCAUUAUUCGAUGAUAGGCGUAAUUAA